GUCCAUGUUUUUUUUUGUAGCUCCGCAGUGCUGCUGUGUGAGCCGACAAAACCUCUGGAAGCUGCAGGAAGCUUUUUAUACUUUUUUACACUUCUCCAUUCUUUUUCUUCUUCUUCUUCCUCUUCUUCUUCUUCUUUCCUCCUGUCUUUAUCGCCUUCUCUUUGUCUCCAUGCGGGUGUUUCUCCAGCUCCAACCCAAACAGCGGGCCUUCCUGUAGCCGCCGCCCCGGCCUCCCUCUCCCUCCGGCCGGCGGAGCCUCCCAGCUGAGCCCCGCUGAGGUGGCCUGGUUCCCGGGGAGAGAUGCUGUAGAGCAGCCGGUGGAGGAGAUGCUUCUACCGGACUGAAGAGUAGCAGAAAGCAGCAAAGAUGUCCGGCAGCAGGAUGCCUCUGACCCCGGUGAGCGAGAGAGAAACCGAACAGAAAAAGACUUCAGACGCUCUCCCAGAUCCUCCGGCCCCUCCCACCAAAUCAGCGAGUCGCCACAGUCUGCCGCCAUGUCGCAGCGCCGUGACGUCCAGCGCAGACGAGCAGCCGCACGUCGGCAACUACCGCCUGCUGAAGACCAUCGGGAAGGGAAACUUCGCCAAAGUCAAACUGGCCAAACACGCUCUGACCGGCCGAGAGGUCGCCAUCAAGAUCAUUGACAAAACUCAGCUGAACCCAACCAGUCUGCAGAAGCUCUUCAGGGAGGUCAGUGUGAUGAAGAUCCUCAACCAUCCAAACAUUGUGAAGCUGUUUGAGGUGAUUGAGACGGAGAAGACUCUGUACCUGGUGAUGGAGUACGCCAGCGGAGGUGAAGUGUUUGACUACCUUGUUGCUCACGGACGAAUGAAAGAGAAGGAGGCCAGAGCCAAGUUUCGGCAGAUUGUGUCAGCAGUGGAGUACUGUCACCAGAAGAGGAUUGUCCACCGAGACCUCAAGGCAGAGAACCUGCUGCUGGACGCCGACAUGAACAUUAAGAUCGCAGACUUCGGCUUCAGUAAUGAGUUCACGCUGGGCAGUAAGCUGGACACCUUCUGUGGGUCUCCUCCCUACGCUGCUCCUGAACUCUUCCAGGGGAAGAAGUACGACGGGCCGGAGGUGGACGUCUGGAGUCUGGGAGUGAUCCUCUACACGCUGGUCAGCGGCUCACUGCCGUUCGACGGACAGAACCUGAAGGAGCUGAGGGAGCGUGUUCUCAGAGGAAAGUAUCGGAUCCCCUUCUACAUGUCGACUGACUGUGAGAACCUGCUGAAGAAGCUGCUGGUGCUCAACCCGGGGAAGCGAGGCAGCCUGCAGCAAAUCAUGAAGGACCGAUGGAUGAACGUCGGCUACGACGAGAAGGAGCUGAAAACAUACAACGAACCAGAACAAGACUUCAACGACCUCAAACGCAUAGAGCUGAUGGGGACGAUGGGCUUCUCUCAGGAGGAAGUGAAGAAGGCGCUGGAGGGUCAGAAAUACAACGAGAUGACGGCGAUAUACCUGCUGCUGGGGAGGAAAAAUGCUGAGUCUGAAGGCGGUGAGACUCUGUCCAGUAACCUGCUCCAGAGGUCACGACCCAGCAGCGACCUCAACGGCUCCAGUCAGUCACCCGCACACUCUCGCAACACAUCGACCAAUCAGAAGCAGCGGCGCUUCAGCGACCACGUGGCGCCCUCUAUCCCCCCUCCUGUGUCCUACACCAAGCGUAGUCAUGCCAACAGCGUAGAGAGUGACAGGAAGGAAGGGGCGGCGUCGCCCACGGGGGCUCCGGACCGCCGGAGGUCAGCCACCGCCUCAGGGAACAUAACUCGGAGGAACACGUACGUUCACGAGAGGACGAGCAGCGACCGCCACUCGGCUGCUGUGACCAACGGGAAGGACAGCAGUCUACCUGAGGUUCCUGCAGCGUCCCCCUCUCCAUCGCCGGGGAAAACCACCUCCACUCGUCCCCGUCACGUGAAGUCCAUGUCGGCGUCGGGACAUCCCAUGAAGUCCUGCCUCCCCCCCAUCGACGACAACGUGGAGUAUCAGAGCAGCCCCCCCCCCUCCUCCCCCUCAGCGUUCAGCAUCACCAGCAGCAGCAGCACCACCCCGGAUCGGACCCGUUUCCCCCGCGGAUCGUCCAGCCGCUCCACCUUCCACGGCGCUCAGCUGCGAGACCGCCGCUCCGCCACGUACAACGGCCCCCCCGCCUCGCCCAGCCUCUCCACGCACACCGCCGCCUCGCUGGCCUCCGCCCGCCGCGGCACCUCCACCUCGCUCAUCGGGAAGAUCACCUCCAAGUUCGUACGCAGGAGUUUAUCAGGUGAGCCUAAAGAGGAGGGGCGGGACUCCAAGCCUCGUGCGCUGCGCUUCACCUGGAGCAUGAAGACCACGUCCUCCAUGGAGCCGGGGGACAUGAUGAAGGAGAUCCGCAGGGUCCUGGACGCCAACAACUGUGACUACGAGCAGCGCGAGCGCUACUCCCUGUUCUGCGUGCACGGAGACGCGCGGCAGGACAGUCUGGUGCAGUGGGAGAUGGAGGUGUGCAAACUGCCCCGACUCUCACUCAACGGCGUGCGCUUUAAGAGGAUCUCCGGCACGUCCAUCGCCUUCAAAAACAUCGCCUCCAAAGUGGCCAACGAGCUCAGGCUGUGAACAACUUCCAGUUAUUCAUCGAAGGAGGAAAAACCUCUGUGGUCCUCUUUCUUCACAGAAUGACGCCCCACCAAGUGACGGCGGCCAUGUUGUGUUCAGCGACUCUCUAACUGCUGUAUGACUCUGAGAAAACACACAUUAUUAUACUCUACACACUUACUAUUUAAUGUUAUCACUAAAUGUUUGCCAGUGAAACCAAAUAUUAAAGCUGACGGUGCAGAUUUCCAGCAGGUUGUAGUUCAUCCCUCAGUGAUGAGAUCCAGAGCAAACAGCAGGAGGAUGUUUCCAUCUGUCCUCUCUGUUGGUUUAUCACUGUUUACAUGCACUUCAGAUUUUUACGAAACCUUGGAAACUGAAUUUUAAAACAUUGUGUAAAGUGGAAACACGUCACGCGAGCUAAAGCUGAUUAAACAGGGAGAGUUUUGUUGGAGAAACCUGAAGACUUCCACUUUUACUUUGCGAUUUGCAUGUGGGAAUAUUAAAGAAGCUGUUCGCAGCAGUGGUUUUAAAGAAGACCAAGCUAUGUCAUCUGGAGUUUUAGAGGCUUAAUAUCAUUGCUGUGCAUGUAGACAUAUUAUCAGCUUUCGGUUUGCUAACAGUACCUUUGUCUCUGGAGUGCAGGUAAACAGUGGAACGUGACCUCCGCUCUACCUGUGCAACUCUCCUGCUGCAACAGAACUCACUAACUGUGAGUCCGCAGCUACAGAGUCAGCAGGCCAAGUGUGUGAACUCAUGCAAGGAAUUUAACUGCGAUUUUUCAUUGCUCUCAAUACACACACACAGAACAGCUAGAAAACAAAGCUGGAAAAGGUGAACAUUUUACUGCUAUGUACAGAUAUAAAUACAUACUAAAAAGUGUCCAGCGUUUCUCGUCUUCCUUUGACAAUGGCUAACAGAGAUUAAAGAAAAAAAACAGGAUGAUUCAGACAUCUAAUGUAUUUGAAACGACUAAUUUAAUGACACACCCUUAAUUCAAUGUUGCAUGAUAGGGGGGAAUACUGUUUGAGCUUGGAUUGGGAAUUUGUGUGCAUGUCCAGAAAAGCACUCGUGACCCUCAAUCAUUAUCAAGCCGCAACGGUAGCCCCCAAAAAGGUGUCAUCGGGCCAUCAAAGAAAUCGUUCAUGAUCAUUAUGGAACCACAAAGGUGCAAUCGGGCCUUUUGCAGUUACUCAGUGGUUGGAUUACAUUUUGAGGAAAAAUCUGAGCAAAAGUAUCUGUUCUAUAGGUUGGCUUUUUCUUAUUGGCAUAUGAAGUUCACAGAAAUAGAUUCAGCUGGAAACUAAAAACAAAUGUCUUUGUUUUUAAUUGACGUGCAAUUUACUAAAAAAAUAUUCAAACUUGAUCUGAAGAGUAGAAGUGAAGUGUGCAAAUCUUGAGGUUUUUUUUCUUUUAAUUCAUGACACAGAAAAGGAGGAGAGCGGAGACCCUUGACCAAGACCACGCUCUAUAUCGUAAUGUUGACGAAAAUGAACAAUACUUUUUGUAUCCACCUCGUGAUCCGGGCCCGGUCCAAAUUUGAUGCGUUCUUUUUUUGCCAAUGCUUCACACUUUGACUAAAGGUCUUGAGAAUGGGACCAGUAGUUUUUCUGUAAACAACAGACAAACCACCAAAACAAAUGUACCGAAAACACGACUUCCUGGUGAUUUUAGGACCAACAAAACAGAGACAGACCAUUGUAUGUUCUUUAUCUGUCAAAUCAGUAUUUCAGCUUUAAUUUGUUGUGAAUGAACAGUCAAACAGUUAAACCUUCAAUUCAUUCAAACAAACUCUAACACUAGCUUGCAUGCUAAGGCAGGUGUAAUGAAGUUUCUUUCUCGCAAAUGUUGGUGUCACCUGGUCAUUGUAUUGAAAAGCUUUUUUUAAAAAUAACAUUGUUGGUUUUUCUCCGGAUUUUAAAGUCCAUCAUUCGGGUUCUUUAUGUGAACCAUUAUCUUGAUGCUGACGUUUGCUGCAGAUCUCCGUUUGCACAGUUGAGUUGCACAGUUUACAGUGGAGGUUAUGAAGAGUGGUAAACAACCAAUACAACAUCCUCCCUGUUGGUUGAGAGCCUGUGACCUCUGACCUCCCCUGCUGGCUCAUGUUAUUACUAUUGCAAUAAUACCGGAGCUCUUGGUAAAUGAUGUCAGUGGUUUAAACUCAACCUGUAACGCUUUAUUAAUCUUUGUAUUUUACACAUUUACAGCUGACAGACCGAAUGUGUUUUUAUUAUUUUUGUUAUUAUUGCUGUGUACAACUAUACCUGUCAAGGUGAAUAUGUGCAGGUACAGUAUUGAUUAGUCUGUUUACUUGGUCCACACUGUCUCCAUUCUGUGUUGGUUUUCCACCGCUGAAAAUACAACCGUAUUAUUAUUUUCCCAAAGCCUUUAGCAGUGAGAUAAAACUUGGAGCAUCAAAACAUUGAGCAAACACAUUUCCCCUGUUUUAGGAUCAGUCUGGUGUUUUCAAUCUGUUUCUGAAAGGGUCCCUUAGGCUGAUUCCUGGUCCAUAUUUCUAAAUGUAUUCCACCACUAAAUGCCUUCUGAAUGUACUGCUUUGUAUUUCUGAUUGCAUUAGGUUGUACCAGAGGAAAUGGAGCAGUUUGUGGUUUUAAGUUGUAUAUUUUGAGUUGUUCCCCACUAAUCAACAGAGCCUCUAACUAGCUCUAUUGUCUCUACAGUCUUGAGGUCCUGAGGGUUCACCGUGCAAUGGUUCUCCAUCACUACUGAAACUGGAGAACACUUUGUACUGUAUGUUGUAGCACUUAAAACCAGGAAGGGAACAAACAAUGCAAACCUCACGUCCCUGUCUGACGGGGAUGAGAGAGGUGACAAGGUGUGAAUAUGACGCUGCCUUCACGUCACCUUGGGAAGGACUGUAAAUCUGAGCCUCUUACUUGAAAAUAGCCUUUGCCUCAGCUUCCAGAUAGAAACUCUUACCAUGUGACCGGCAGGUUUGUCGGGCACGUCAUUAACAGGAAAGUAGCAGAAGUCCAGUGUAGCCAUGUUCAUUUCAUUUUAAAUAAAAAAACACAAAUAAAACAUG